CCUCCCUCCUCCCCUUGCAGGCAGACGCCGGGAUUGCGCCGCCUGAAGGGACUUGCCCAGUCCUUCCUGGGUGUUUGGGGAGCGCAGUCCCGGCGCGUAGGGGCCGCUCGGCGGGGGCCGCACGGGCAAGAUGGUGUGUGCUCGGGCGGCCCUCGGUCCCGGCGCGCUCUGGGCCGCGGCCUGGGGAGUCCUGCUGCUUACGGCCCCCGCAGGGGCGCAGCGCGGCCGGAAGAAGGUCGUGCACGUGCUGGAGGGUGAGUCGGGCUCGGUGGUGGUGCAGACGGCGCCUGGGCAGGUGGUCAGUCACAGGGGUGGCACCAUUGUCUUGCCCUGCCGCUACCACUAUGAGGCAGCCGCCCACGACCACGACGGCGUCCGCCUCAAGUGGACCAAGGUGGUGGACCCACUGGCCUUUGCCGAUGUCUUCGUGGCGCUCGGCCCCCAGCACAGAGCAUUUGGCAGCUACCGCGGGCGUGCGGAGCUGCAGGGUGAUGGGCCUGGGGAUGCCUCCUUGGUUCUCCGAAACGUUACGCUGCAAGAUUAUGGGCGCUAUGAAUGCGAGGUCACCAAUGAGCUAGAAGAUGACACUGGCAUGGUCAAGCUGGAUCUCGAAGGCGUUGUCUUCCCUUACCACCCCCGUGGAGGCCGUUACAAGCUGACCUUCAUUGAGGCGCAGCGCGCCUGCGCUGAGCAGGACGGCAUCCUGGCAUCCGCAGAGCAGCUGCACGCGGCCUGGCGCGACGGCCUGGACUGGUGCAACGCAGGCUGGCUGCGCGACGGCUCGGUGCAGUACCCGGUGAGCCAGCCCCGGGAGCCCUGCGGCGGCCUGGGCGGAGCCGGGAGCUCCGGGACGGGCGGCGGUGCUGCCUCCGGGGGCGUGCGCAACUACGGCUACCGUCAUAACGCCGAGGAACGCUACGACGCCUUCUGCUUUACAUCCAACCUCCCGGGACGUGUGUUCUUCCUGAAGCCGCUGCGGCCUGUACCCUUCUCGGGAGCAGCGCGCGCGUGCGCGGCGCGCGGCGCGGCCGUGGCCAAGGUGGGACAGCUGUUCGCCGCGUGGAAACUGCAGCUGCUGGACCGCUGCACCGCGGGCUGGCUGGCCGACGGGAGCGCGCGCUACCCCAUCGUGAAUCCGCGCGCGCGCUGCGGCGGCCGCCGGCCGGGCGUGCGCAGCCUGGGCUUCCCCGACGCCACGCGCCGCCUCUUUGGCGUCUACUGCUACCGUGCACCCGGAGCGCCAGACCCCGCACCAGGCGGCUGGGGUUGGGGCUGGGCCGGCGGUGGCGGCUGGGCCGGAGGCGCGCGCGACCCCGCCGCUUGGACCCCGCUGCGCGUCUAGAUCCUGGGCGCAGAUGGCUGGGGUGCUUGGCGGCUGGCCGAGUGCUCUGCGGUCUCUGGGAGACAGACCACGUGACUGGAGACUGGCCUCUCCCCCUGCGGUGCGUAGCAGGCUGACCAGGCCUCCUGUGGUCUUUGAACACCGGCUGCGCCCCCGAGGUCCCCAUAGACUGGCCAAUCCCGGGAGACUGACCAAGCCCCCACCUCUCCUGGAUAGUGGAUUUCCCCUCCUCCUUCGACUUUCUCCAGGAGAUGGGGCAUGCCCCCUGAAGACCCCUGGAGGCCAACAGACGCUGAGGUCUCCUGAAGACUGGCAAUGCCUCCCCAGGUCACUUGGAAACAGACAGAAUCACCCCCUCCCCCGCGGUCUCCUGGAGGCUGGACCCCCGGGAUUAUCUGGAGAUUGGCCUCAGGCCCUCUGCAUCUCCCUGGAGACUGAAGACUGAUCCCUUAACCCUCCCCCCCCCCCCCCCCCAUGUAUAGAAAACAGAAACCUCAGAGUUCACCAGGUGAUCACGCCCCCAUGGUCACAUGGAGACAGGGCUCCUGUCCUCUUCCCUAUGGUGACCUGGCUAUUAGGUAUUCCCAUUCUUCCCCCCUUCCACUGCGAGUCCUCGAAGUUUGCAGAAUAACAGGCCACGUUCCCCGGUCACUGUGAACAGCCCCGCUCCUCCAGUUUCAGGGGAGACCAGCCUCGUCUGUCACCACAAAAACAGAUUGACAUGCCCCAGCCGGCUCGCAUGACUGGCGGCCAUGCCCCACCCCUCAGGUAUGUCUUUGGAGGGAGCAAAUCUGCUCCCACUUGAUGGCCUCUUUCCUGGCUGUCACCAAAGAGACCAUCCCCUGGGCCCAGGGAUCCGUAGGAUCCGUGUCACUAGCUGUGGCGAAAGCUGUCCCACUUCCCAUGUUACCAAGGCGACCAGCCCAACUUCUACCUGUAACCUAGUCACAUAGCCCUUCCCUCAUCAGUCACGCCCAUGGAGAUAGUGCCUCCCUCCUCCAGCUGUAACCAUGGAUACCACACGUUUCCCAUCUCACCUCCGGGACACCAGAGAGCUACAACUCUGCUUCUUGAAGUCCCCAUCCUUACCAACAGCCGUGAAGACCACUCUCCCCUACCCCCAGAACUGUCCUGAGAGUGUCCCAACAUUCAGUUCUCCAGUUUUCACCAUGAGAACAGGCUGCCCUUUCCCCAGGUGCACCCCAGCUCUUUGCCCCCCAUCCAAGCUCCCUCUCCAAGCUGCUUGAGCCCCACAAUGGUUGCCAUGGAAGCCAAACUCUGGUGUUUGAGGUGACAGAACACCUGUCCCCCUAGGCUUUCCCAUGUCAGCAGGGCCCCACCCCAUCAAACUGUCACCACAGAGACUGGCAACGUCGUCUCCAUGACAACCAACCUCCCAGCUCUCAGGAACUUCUUACCAUGGGUGGGAACUGCACCCCACGGGAUUUAAUGUCUGCUCCUUAACCAGAGAGGCCCAGCCCCAGGCAGCAUCUCCAGAUAUGGCUGGGCUUCUGGAGCUGCUGGACACUCCUCCGUUUGCACGCUAACUAUAUCCCAGACAACAGUUGUGCACGAGACACCCUUGCAACCCCCAGAGGUCUGGCAGCCCCAGCCCUUUAUGCUGUGCAAGCACUGGGCUCCCCACUUCCCCUCUGAGACCACAUCUCCAUUCUCACUGAGUUCUCUCCUCUAACUGCCCCCUGCCCCACGUUUCACUCCUUAGAGAUCCUGGAGAGACAGAAUGUUUUUUACACUUCAAAAUCCACAGGGAGCUACAGGCUCUAAAGGACAAUUUGUGCUAAGAGGUCAGAACCCAGCCAAACUCCCCCCAGCGUUGAGAGCCAGCUCGGGAGAGAUGGCCCAUGAACAAAGCCACCCCAGCUGUGGGAGCCCCCGGAUCCAAGGUCUUCCAUGGAAUAGCACUGAGGCCCCUCCUGGAACCCCCGGCCCCCUUAUUGUCACAUCCAUCUUGAGGAAACCCAUCCGUGAGUUGUGGAAUCAGGUGGGUUGGGUUCAAAUCCUGCUGCUGCGACCAAGUGACAACCCCCCCUGAGCCUGUUUCCUCCUCUGUACCAGAGCUGUUCUGAGGUCUCAGUGAGUGCAAAGCAUACAGCAGGGGCUCAAUAAAAAAAAAAGUUGUUUUGUUU